GGUCCCCCGUUCGCAACUGAUAUAACAAAGUAACCGUGUACUCUGUGAAAUUGUUUACCGGAGAUCCGAAGUGUGUCUAGGUGUUUUUCAUUGGCGAAGCGUCUUCAUUAGUCAAAAGGCGUGGGCGGGACUCUAGCUCUCUGCAGCGAGUCAAAGUGAAAGCAAUAAAGGGAAGCAGGAGCUGCACUUUGCCGACGAGCAUCUCUGCCGUCCUGCUUCACCACAGUCAUCACUGCCCCCUCUGAUCAGCGAAAACACACAGGGACUCCUGCAAAAAAAAACAAAAAAAAAAACGGCAGAGUUCGUCAAUGUAACUCGGGUCAGUCAGAAACUGCGCCGUUCAGCUGGAUAAGUCCAAUCUUGGCAGAAGAGAAAGGAAAAAAAAAAAAAAAGAGAGAGUGGAGUGUUGGCGUUAAAAUUGUGCAGGAAAAAAGAGAAGAAUAUGAUGCUCAAGCAGCACUUGAUCUUCAUCCUCUACAGCCUCUGCGCGAGCGUCUUUAAAGUGGCUGGGACAAAAAGCAAAGCAAAAGGUAGCCAGGGUCAGUUCCCCAUCACUCAGAAUGUGACGGUGGUGGAGGGGGGCACAGCCAACAUGACCUGUCGUGUGGAUUACAAUGAUAACACUUCCCUCCAGUGGUCAAACCCUGCACAACAAACUCUGUUCUUUGGGGACAAGAAAGCUCUGAGGGAUCACAGAAUUGAGCUUGUACGAGCCACGUCACAGGAGCUCACCAUCAGAAUCAAUGACGUCAGCCUGUCAGACGAGGGCCAGUAUACAUGCUCACUCUUCACCAUGCCUGUCAAGACAACCAAGGCCUUCCUCACUGUUUUAGGAGUGCCAAGUCGGCCAGAAAUCACAGGAUUUACCAAGCCAGCCAUGGAGGGAGACGAAAUCACCCUGACAUGCAUCACAUCAGACAGCAAACCUGCUGCCAACAUUCGGUGGUUCCGAAAUGACAAGGAGGUCCAAGGCACCACAGAGGUCAACGCUACAGGAAAAUCCUUCACAGUGAGGAGUAACCUCCUGUUCCAGGUGGACAAACGGGAUGAUGGCGUUGCUUAUACCUGCAGUGUGGAGCACGUGUCUCUGUACAAACCCUACAUGACGACCGAGGUGCUGGAGGUUCACUAUGCUCCUCAGCUGGAAAUCACACAUUCACUGAUAAUUCCACAGGAAGGACAAUACUUCAAACUGGAGUGUGUCUCCAUAGGCAACCCAAUACCUGAACCAGUGCUCUGGUCUAAAGAUGGAGGAGAGCUGCCAGACAUUGAGCGCAUGAUUGUGGAGGGCAGAGAGCUGACCAUCACGACACUAAACAAAACAGACAAUGGCACAUAUCGCUGUGAGGCCAGCAACCAUGUGGGGACCAGCUUUGCUGAAUACAUUCUGUUUGUAUAUGCCAAAGACUUUCCAGGCCCUACAACAGAUCCUAAUGCUUUAGGACAGCGUGGACCUGACCACGCUUUAAUCGGCGGGGUUGUUGCAGUCGUGGUCUUCAUCACCUUGUGUUUGAUAAUAGUUCUUGGAAGAUAUCUGGCUAGACAUAAAGGAACGUAUCUAACACAUGAGGCCAAAGGAGCAGAGGAUGCCCCCGACGCUGACACGGCUAUUAUCAACGCUGAGGGAAACCAUGUGCAUGCAGAGGAAAAGAAGGAGUACUUCAUUUAGACCUCUGGCUUCUUUCUCCUUCGUUUCAAUGUUCAACAAGAGACAUGCAAUUUCAAGCUGCCUCAGUGUUACAACAUGAUCUGGGUUUUACUCCUCAUUUAUCUUUUUUUCCAGAAAACUCCUGCUUGGUUUAACUUGACUUUAAAAUAGCGUUCUCCUUUUGUAAUCAAUACAAACUAAUGGUUGGAUAAGAUUUUAGUUUUCUGGUGCCUAAACGAGACGUUUUUUUUUUUUUUCCGCAUUUCUUUCAUUGACUGCAUUAACAGGUUUCUCUACUCUCUUACAUAACUGUAACUGUCUGCAGAAUUUUUAAACACAGGAGGGACAGAAGAUGUGCUCGAUUUUAAGACAGUCAAGGUUGAGCUUUUCAAAGUGUUUUACUGUGAGAACAGAAUAGCUGAAACGCAUCAGUUUAUGAAACAUUUACAUAAUAUGACUUUUCUUUCUGAAUUGAGCAAUUGUCUUGGAUGUCUCCUGGAUUUUAUCCUACCAUAGCCAUAAUGUAUGACAUAACAUGACAGACACUUUGAUAUAACAAAACAUAGAAGCACAAUCUAUGCGAUUGUCCCAAAAAGAAACCAUUUCCCUCUUAAGAAGGUGUAUACUCUUACACCUAUUCGUUUUCAGUUGUCUUUUAUCUUGUUAUUUUAUACUAUGAAAGUCGGAAUUUUAAAGCACAAAGUCUGAGGACUAAAAAAAACAAAAGAGGGAAAAUACGAGAACUGUAUCUUGUCUCAGGAUUCAAAAUGAGUCUAGAUGGAGAAAUGGAGUCGGACGUGUAAUAAAGAUUUUGGUCAUCAUAA